GCGGAGUUUUGAUUGUGAAUGACGCGUUGUUGCGGUAGUAGGAAGUGGGAUUUACCAAAUCAUCACUGUCUGUGUGCUGACAUAAUAUUCAAGAUUUGUUCCAGGGAUUUUUAACUAUAUUGAAUGUCGGCCUGAUUUUAAACGUGAGUACAUGUUUACUCUAGAAGUUUAACUACAUCCUUUGAACACAGAUGUACAGCUACAGGAAAUGCAAUCAUUGAGCUAAGAGCUAAUGUUGGCUGCUAGCAAGUUAGCUUGUGGUCCUGGGGAUAGCUAGCCACAUUUUUGCGUUUCUAGAAUGAGUAACUUAUCGCCUAUAUAAGUUCCAAUAGAACGAAUAUGGCCCCUGUCUUCUGUCACUGCAGUACUUGCUCUGGUGUCACGCAAGGCUGCAGUAGCUAACUAGCUUAGCGUGGUGCUAACAUUUGUAACGCGUAUGUUGCAAUUCUGUGAUUACUCCAUCCAUGGCAUGAUCAGGCGAGCUCUAAUUCAGCCCACACACUAGCUCUUAUCAGUGGUGUAAAAGUGAGCUCAUGACGAUGUGGCUGUUGAGGCAUGUGUAUAAUAUGAACUAUGUAUUAUACUGAUUACUAGCUUGUACCACUAUUUGUGUAUCGAGGGACCAACAUGCAUAGCAACGUGGAAUAGAACAGACACGACUUUGUCAAUCACAGGCUUUCUCACUUUCAUAGUGGUGCUGUAUGCAAACUGCAGUCAAAUUCCUCAUAGCAUUUUUCCAUGCAACACAGAGGGCCUAUUUAAGUUCCCAUGAUCAUACCGUGUGUGUGUUGUGUACCUUUGUGCAACUGUGUGUGCGUGCAGAGAAAUGUCUCCAGAUGAGCUGGUCUACUUGGGAAUUCUCGCUGCUUCCAUCCCCAUCGGGUUCCUAUUCCGGUACCUGAGUGAGUAUUCUAUCUGGGCCAUCAAAGAAAUUCACCUAACCUACGCGGUAUCUCCUAGAAUAGAUGAACACUGAAAAACACAAUGCUUUCUCUGGAUUUUUUCUUUUCAAGACAUUCUGGUAACAAGCAGGACAGAAGAAUGAAAAGGCAGUUGCAGUCACGAUAACAUGUCUACAAAAAUGUUAACACAUGAUGUAGAAUAGACCUAUCUGCUCUGCUCUCAAGGUUUAUUGUAAGUGAUGUGUGUGGGUGUUAUUGUUGCUGUAGGUCCUCCAGUGAAGCAGGGGGCAGCGUUGCUCUUGGGCCUCUCGAUCACCAUAGCAACCUGUCAGGUCCAUGCGCUCCACUCACUGGUGACGGUGCUCGGAACAUGGAUCAUCAUCAAGAGCAGCUGGCGGUGAGAGACAUUAGUGAUGGGGGGAAAAAUCGAUACAGUUACAUACCGAGAUAUUAUUUUUGACGAUAUAUCUUAUCGUUUUGACAAUAUCGCAAUAUAAUUUUUGCGCUAGUUGGCUGUACCUGCACCAAAACCCCAGUAUUUUUCCUUCAUAGCUUGUUCUCCAUCUUUUUAAAGAGGGAGCCAAUUUGUUUUCAGCACGUUUAUUUCCAUGACUGAUCAAAAUUCGUGUUCUCAUGGCUCUCUCUUGUCCCUUUGCAGCAAACAUAUGGUGAGCAGUAUGUUUGUAACAUCGAAUCGUAAUAAAAUCACAGUAUCGAAUCACAAUACAUAUUGUAUCGGCACCAAAGUAUCGUGAUAAUAUCUUAUUGUGAGGUCCCUGGCAAUUCCCAGCCCUAAGAGACAUUAUUCAAAAUAUACAAAUUAUAUAUCAACAGACACCGUAGAACACUCCUGUGUCUUAAUGUUGUGUCACUAUUUAGUGUGGCAGUCAGGAACUUCUCUCUCACCCAUUCCCCUGUUUACCUUCCUUAGGAGUGCCCCAGCUCUUUCUCUGGCCUGGACCUUCCUCUACCUCCUCUUCUUCAGACUGGUCACAUGGUUCGGCCUGCCGCCGCCAACACCCUUCGCCAACGCCAUCCAGCUACUCCUCACUCUGAAGGUACAUCUACAGGAAGAGAUGGAGGACACACACAUACACGAUUACUGAAAUGCAAUGGCAUUAUGCAUCAUGAUGUUGUUUACAGUAACAACCCACUUGUUUUCAUUCAGCUGGUCAGUCUGGCCAAUGAGGUGCAGAGUUUUCACCUAGAGAAGAAACAGGAAGUGAGCUCAUUCUCCAAGUCUCCUGUGGUUGGUGGACUGUCCCAAGAGCCCUCCCUCUAUGAUAUGAUAGCCUAUAGCUACUGCUAUGUGGGUAUAAUGACAGGUAAGGCUGUCUAGCCCCAUUCCCUAGUUUGUUUCAUCAUACAGGGCUACUGUCAACAUAUCCACAGUUCACCCAUUUCUCUGCAUCUCUUUUUGAUAUGGAGACAGAUGAAUGACUUCAGUGUGUAUGUGUGUGGUGUAAACGUAUCAUGUAUUUAGUAUGAUUUGCCACUAAUUUGCUUUUGCACCCAUUUUAACUGUUGUUGUUUCUCUCUGUCUUUCUUUCUAUCUGCCACUAGUAAAAUAUUGUGUGAGUCUGCUUACGUUUUCUCUUCUGCUACACGACCUUCCUGUAACUCUCCCUCCUUUUUUUACUCAUCCCCUUCGUCCAUCACCCAAUAACACUCCUCCUCCUUACAAUCUAUCCCUUUUUUGUCCUCCAAUGAUCCCUCUCUCUCCUCAUUAUGUUUUCUAACUCAUACAAUCCCUGUUGUCUAUCCUACCACUUGUCCCUCAAUGCUCUCUCUUCAUCCCUUCAUUUUAUCCCUGCAUCUCCCUAAAGGCCCAUUCUUCCGGUUCCAAACCUAUGUGGACUGGCUGAGGCAGCCCAGCUCCCUGGACCUUCCUGGCCGGGUACCCUGCAUGCUGAGGCUGAGGUUGGUGCCCGUCUACGGAGCUCUGUUCCUGACCGCCAACGCGUACUUCCCCCUGGCAUACGUCCUCACUGAAGAGUUCCUGGAACAUCACUUCUUCUUCAGGUAGCAAAACAGCACUCUUGAUUUUGGGAAAAAAAUAUAUAGUUGCUUGCAUCAAAAAAGGUUGAUUUAUUUUUCAUGUAUUUCUUUCUUUUGAGUUGGCAUAACAGAAUUGUGAAUUCAUUCACCGCUGUCUUUCUCUCUCCAAAGAGCUACGGGAUUUUAGACCAUAAAAUAAUAGAGGGCAAAAUGUCUCGGAAUGAUUUCCCAGAUGACUGAAAACAAUCGAAGGACAAGCGCCAAUUCCAGUUAAACAGAAUGGAGACAGAACUCUGUUUGUUUAGUAUUCCAGACCAAUGUUGCCUUUCACUUGUAGUUAAAUAUUAAUGAGGUCUCUCUCUCUCUUUCCCUCCCUCCAGGUUGUUCUACAUGACGGUGGUGUUCUUUGUGUUCCGGAUGCGGUUCUACGCUGCAUGGUGUGGGGCAGAGGCUGGCUGCAUCAGCGCAGGACUGGGCUGUUACCCAGAGGGGGCGCUCUCCAAGCCGGGAGGGGGUCCAACUGUCAACUACAGGCAAGUCUCACACAGGAUAUUCAGUCCAGUUGGGGAAAACAGUAAAGUACGUUAAUUCAUAAUUAUUUGUGUUUAAUUACAUUUUAGUCAUUUAGCAGACGCUCUUAUCCAGUGCGACUUACAGGAGCAAUUAGGGUUAAGUGCCUUGCUCAAGGGCACAUUGACAGAUUUUUCACCUAGUCAGCUCGGGGGUUCGAACCAGCAACCUUUCAGUUACUGGCCCAAUGCGCUUAACCGCUAGGCUACCUGCUAAUCUUGGUUUUGAUUUUUCUGUCUCUCCAGCCCUGACCCUGACAGUCCGGUUUUGUACGACUUCAAAACCAUCCAGAACAUUGACCCAUACAACACUGACUUCUGUGUGAAGGUCCGCCACGGGAUGCGCUACUGGAACAUGACUGUGCAGUGGUGGCUGCAUCACUACAUCUACCCCAACUCCCCCUUCAAGGCUUACGCACUCAAGUAAGGGCCCUAUGCAGGUUCACUAGAGAAGGCAUGUGUAUUGUGUAAAUAAACUGUCUCAUAGCAGUCUGUUAAAAACUACAAAACUACAGUCAACUUUCAAUGUAUUUGUAACUGCCAGAUAAGAUGUCCCCUGAAUGUCAUUUGAUGCAUAUGUUUCACAGUACUACUUCUCUCUCUCUCUCUCUCUCUGUCUCUCUCUCAGGGCUGGAUGGACCAUGUUCAUCAGUGCAUACUGGCACGGGCUUCAUGCUGGCUACUACCUGUCUUUCCUCACCAUCCCCCUGUGCAUUGCGGCUGAGUCGGCCAUGGAGUCGUCGGUCAGGGCCAAGCUGGAGCCCCGGGGCCAGAGUGCCUUCGACUGGGUCCACUGGUUCCUCAAGAUGAGGGCCUAUGACUACAUGUGUAUGGGCUUCGUCCUGCUGAAGGCCAGCGACACUGUCCACUACUGGACCUCCAUCUACUUCAUCAUCCACAUCAUCGCCCUGGCCUGCAUUCUGUUCGGGAGGCUGAUGAAGGGAGGAAAGAGGGAGGGAAAGAAGAGUGAAAAGGAGGAGAAAAUUGAGGGGGGGAAGAAAGAGGUGAAGCAAGAGGACGUGAGAGAGAAGACAGAGUGAGAAUGGAAUGAUGGGGGGAGAUGGGAGGAUGUCCUGUAUGGGGAGUAUUGGUUUACUAAAGAACUACAAUUCCCACAAUGCACUGUCUGUCACUGAUCUGUAUGGGUCACUUUUGUCAGUUAUGUCCAGUGAUGUCUCACCUGGUAGAGAAGAGUUAUGUUCAAUCCCGAACUGACCCCUAGGCCCUACUAGGGUUUGAUCUGGAGUUGGGAGGUAGAGUAGAUUAAGUUGUAGGAUUCCUAUCCAGGAGACAUCAUUGGACUGUUAGCUGAAUACAGUGAAUCCUUAUGAACAUUGUUGUAACCCAGUAACAGUUGCCAUGUCGAUAUUACAUUAUAAACCAUGUAUACAUACAGGUAUAAUUGGGUAAAAGAAUGUUUGAGCUUAAUGAAUGUCAUUUCUGAUGCGUGAGUGGCAAAAAAGUUCUGGGGAGAUGGAGAUUAUUCAGCUACUUCGCUUGUGCUUAUGUAUAUAUGUGUGUAACUGUUUCAAAACACAAAGCCAAUUUUCACAAUAAAUAUACUUAAAUUAGUUUAGAGGACACAAAAUUGGAUGUUCUUAGGCUGUAGGUUCAAGAUGCUGACAUGAAACAGAGUAGAAAGUACUGUAAAGGCACAUCACUUGAAUCCAUUCAUAGAGCAAGGACUGAAUUUGAACUGGGAUCUAAGUAUGUUACUUGGAGUCUGUACUUUUGCCUAAAUCUCCAAUCCCAUUGAUAUCAAUGCACGAUUUACUCAAAGUUAAAUACAAGUUACGGCCAUUUAUCUCAAGUCAUGACCAGAGCAACAAUGUAUUAUUUUUCCGGGGCAACAAGACUUUCCGCUUCUUUAUAUUUUCACGUUUUCAUUGAUCAGGUUGUUCCUAUGAUAAGUUAUUAUAGAAUAGUGCAGAAAACUGAACUUUGGAUGACCAUGAGCACAUACUGAGUUAUACUUGUCUAGUUUUAAAACGCAUAUCACUCCCGAGUGGCGCAGAGGUCUAAGGCACUGCAUGU